UGCGUGUCGUCAUUCAAUCAUUGAAUAACCGAAACUCUCUCCGGCAUCACGCGUGCUACGAGGAAUUUGAGAGACUGUGGACUUGCGCUGAACUAGACUGCGGAAAAGCCGAAGUCAAGCUUGGAACCGGAAAUGGGAAUCGUCGAGACGUACCGUUUCCUCAUGGAGGAAAUUUCCGAUCCGAGGGUGAGGAAUUGGUUCCUGAUGAGCAGCCCGUUACCGGUCGCACUAACGCUCCUCGCCUAUUUGGGAUUCGUGUUGUACUUCGGGCCGCGUUUUAUGGAACGACGCAGUCCCUACUCUCUCCACAGGUUUAUGGUCGCCUAUAACAUCUUCGUGGCGAUUUCGAGCGGGGUUAUAUUCUACGGGCUCCUCACAUCAGGUUUCACAACGAACAUAUCCCUCGGCUGUGAACCGGUCGAUUUUUCCUACAGUCCCGAGCCUUUGAACAUGGCGAGAUGGGUUUGGUGGUUGUUGCUGUUGAAAAUCGUCGAGCUCGGUGACACGGUGGUUUUCAUACUGCGGAAGAAGUACAACCAGGCGUCGUUUCUCCACAUUUACCACCACGUUGCUACCGUUAUGCUUUCCUGGAUAGCUUGCAAAUACGCUCCAGGCGGAAUGUGGACCUUCGUCAUGCUGCCGAAUUGCCUUGUUCACGUGAUAAUGUACACUUAUUAUUUACUGGCGUGUCUGGGACCUUCGGUGCGGAAGAAACUCGAACCUUGGAAAUCGUAUCUGACGAUACUUCAAUUGAUUCAAUUUGUGAUAAUGGUUGUGCACACGGCGCAAUCGCUGAUGCCAUCAUGCGAGCCGGACCGGAAACCACUUGCCUACAUUUACAUGUUCAACGUUGUAGUGAUAUUCUACAUGUUUUGGGACUUUUACAAAAGAUCAUACUGCAAAAAGAAGUCGCGGUAGAAAUGUGAACGAGAAAAAUUAUGUUACAAUGUAAGAUAUUAUUAUACGUCUGAUAGGUAGUAUAUUACAAUAUUCAAUCUCUGUGCACGAAUUUCCAUCGAACAUGAAAAUAUAUAUACAUAUAUAUUCUGUAAUAAUGACAGAUAUGUGUAAAUAUAUUAGGGUGGUUCUUAAUGUGGUUGUUUUUUUUUUGUUUUUAUGCUUCCAGAGGCUUAAACGAUUUCAAAUUGAUGAUACAAAGAUAUGAAAAUCCUUGAAAAUUUGAGCUCUCUAUGCGAACUUUGAGAUAGUUCGCUUUGUGAUCGAAGUAUCUUGUGAAAAUAACAUGGGGAAAAGACUUUUUUUUGCUCUUUGUAAUUUUUCAAAUCGUCGACGAACAUUGCGAUAUAUUUUAUGAUAGCACAGUUGUUUAUUUCGUAGCCGUACUUGACAUUACGAUAAUUUUAUGUAAAUGAAACUUUGAACGUUAAUUAACAUACGAAAGCUUUCGUUUAUUGAUUCUAUGCAUCAGAGCUUUUUCGUAGAGCGUUUCAACUCUCGACAAUAAUAUCCAUUUCACAUUAUUUUCCGUAUAUUCGUUAACGGCUUGUAAAAUUUCAAAGAGCCAAAAGCGUUUUUCCCGCAGGUUAUUUCUAUUAGAUACUUCGAUCACAAAGCGAACUGUCUUAGAGUUGAUAUUGAGAGCUUAAAUUAUCAGGGAUUUUUUUUUUCAUCAAUUUCAAAGCGCUUAAGCCCCUGGGGAGCAUAAAAAUUCGAAAACAACCCUAUUAAGGACCACCCUGAUAUACGUAUACAUAUAUAACACAUCGUGUAUAGGAAAAAUAUUCAAAUAAGCCGAGAAAUAACAAAACAAAACUAAACAAAAAAAAAAAAAAAACAACAUAGCGACAAGUAGAGUUAAUAAUUUAGGGUAGGUAGAAAUAUUGAAUGACAUGAUAUUAUAGUAUUUUAGAUUCGGAGAUGGUGUGUAAAAAAAGACUUGUAUUGUUGAGUUUGUAAUUUUGUACUUUCUUGAUAGUAAAAGUAAAAGGAAAACAAACAAAAAAAAAAAAAGUGAGAAAACUA